AUAAUUCUUCGUUAAUAUUCUAUUUAGCUGCUCGACUUGGCUUACACUUGCUGCUUGUUGAAGAGGUAACACAACAUGGUCAGAUUCUUGGCAGCUGCGCGUAAUAACCGAAGAGCCAUUCAUGUUUGAACUUCCAUUUAGUGAGGAUGGCGGACGCUUCGGUGGUGCUAAAUUGGGCUUUGGCUUUUGCUUUCAUUGUUCAGGGUUUUUGUGAUUCUCGGAUGUUACCGUACGAAAGGACUUCUCUAGAUGACUGCCAGGAGCGUUUCUACAAAGACAUUUGCGAAUACUUCUCAUGCAAAGGAGCAUCUUCAUCUUCAGGUGGAGGAUUAAGUAUAUUAGAUGGUCUAGCUCCACCUGCAAAACCCAAAGAGUUUGACCAUAUUGCCGCCAUUGGUUGGACCAAUGAAGAUCAAAGUGUGCGAUGGUUGUGUGGAGGAUCGUUGAUCUGGGAAAACUUCAUUCUUACCGCGGCUCACUGCACAGUGGAUGACAACAAUACACCGCCGGAUGUGGCCCGCAUGUUAGAUCUCAACAUCUACAGUGCUAAAGAUGACCAAAACGCAGUAGAAUUGAAAAUUAUCAAUAUCAUCCGUCAUCCAAAUUAUCUACUCCCCUCGACGUAUUAUGAUAUCGCAUUGAUGGAGGUCGACACAACGAAGAUUGUAAUCCCAACAUGUCUUUGGUUGGAGGAUGAGAUUCGCUUUCCGAAACUGGAGGCGGCUGGUUGGGGCUCAACAGCACUCGGUGAGAAUGGGUCAGAAAUUCUAUUAAAAGUAGAGUUCGCCCCAGUAGAUAAAGAAGAAUGCUCAACAUACUAUCCAAAAGGAGAUAGAAAGCACCGAAACGGUCUCAUGGAUCAUCAACUAUGUGCUGGCGACGACAAGACGGACGCAUGUCCGGGAGACUCUGGAGGACCACUGCAAGUGAAACUUGUGAAGGGCAAUAGAUUAAUCCCUUUCCUGGUUGGUGUGACAUCGUUCGGGAAAUCCUGUGGUUCAUUCUUACCGGGUGUGUACACAAAGGUGUCCAAAUUUGGAGCCUGGAUUGUAGAAACACUCCAGCGAUAUGGCGAGUCAGUCACACUUUUCGAUUUCCAUCCAAUGGUUUGUGCUGCGCGUUAUGAGGAUAGUCGAGAAUUUGCUAACAAUUACUUUCAAUCAGUACCAAUAAACAGCGAAUAUAACGUUGCAUUGGGGUAUCCAUAUGGUACUGCUCCAUUCAAAAGAAACUGCUCAGGAACUCUUAUCGAACCCAACGUGGUGUUGACUACAGCUGAGUGUGUUUCACACAAAGAAGCGACACCCAUUCAAGUUUUACUAGUGACCAGUAAUGUAAUAGACAUUGCGGAAAUCAUCGUUCAUCCAUUGUACAAUUCAUCGAUUUCCCCGUACUACAACAACAUCGCCGUAGUGAAGCUCAAAUCUUUUGCUCCGAUAGAACCAUUUUGUGCGUGGUAUGGACACUCAAACCCUGACCAAAAAUUGUUGUUAACGGGACAACAAGUAAUGCCACAAAAAGAUUCAAAGAAUAUUCAACAGUCUGAACUCAUGACGAUAGUUUUCGAACGUUCGUCAAAGCAAUGCCCGCUGACCCAACAACACCUCGAUUUACUUCCACAGGGUUUGCACGAUGAGCAUUUGUGCUAUGGAAAUUUGCCAUUCAUUGUCCCUGGCUUGUGUAACGCAUUGCAAGGUAGCCCUAUCGAAAGAAACGAUGGCACUUACGUUUAUAUCGAAGCAAUCAGCUUGUUCGGCCGCGAUUGUGGCUAUGGAGAGCCGGCUGUAGCUGUAAGGCUCAGUGCACACAAAGAUUGGCUUGAGUCUGUACUACUCCCUCGCCCGGAAGAACAGCCUCUUGUGUACAUUGAUCCUGAUCGGAAGCUCUCAGACGACUGCAAGUAUGCGGAUCGGACAAAAGGAACUUGCGUGGCAGAACAGGACUGUCCAGCCAUUCACGCUCGACUGCAGAACAAACAACAAAUUUCAUUCUGUUCAAAUAGUAAUGUUGUUUGUUGUCCCAAUAAGGCCAAAACCGUAGAAAUGAUGGCAGUAGAAAAUGAAUUCAACGAGUGUGAGGAGCGCUACCGUCACCUUAGAACAGCUGACCAAGAUGGAGCUACUCAUGUCGUUGAGAUAGGAUGGCAAAAUGAUCGCAACACAACAUAUCGAUGUUACGGAUACCUCAUCAGUACUCGUGGUGUUGUUUCGUCGGCAUCAUGUUUGCUAGAAAAAGGUGUUCUGCCAAACAUUGCACGAAUAGGAGGAAUCCAUUCAUUGGACAAUGCAAGUAUUAUCCGUAUUGAGAAAGUGGCCAUCUAUCCACACUAUAACCCGACAAAACAACAGCACAACAUCGCAAUGAUCAAACUGGAAUCGGCCAUCAAUCCAAUUGAAAGCGUUUUCCCUACGUGUCUUUGGCAGAACCUUACUCAUUCGCCAGUCGAACAACGGGUAUUAGAUUUUGGUUCUGCAUUAAGGGCUUCCAUUCAUCCGAUGUACAAAAGCGAUUGUGAGGCUCUUUUAAAUCGUUCUUUCGAUCAGUUUGAACAUAUCUGCAUGAACCCUGGUUAUCGGCCAUACUCAUUUACGACAGAUUUUCAAAUUCAAUACAAGACUUUUGUCUUUAACGUUCCCGAUCACUGCUACAGUGCAGGAAGCCCUAUCGUGUGGAGAAAACCCAUCGACAAUGGUUUGCAUGUGGAGUAUCUGGUGCACAUCUACAGCCAUGGAGAAUGCGGUCCCGAAACUCCCCGCGUAGUGAACCGUGUUGCGGCGUACAUCGAGUGGUUCAAGGAAGUGUUGCAGUGACGAUAAUUUGAUGUAAAGGUUUCUGUGUAUGUGUUUCAAGAAUAAAGCUGAUUUAGAAACGAUAUUCGUACGCAAACAAAGCAGGACUUUC